CCUUCGUUCACAUCGUCGGUCUCGCUCUUCAACAACGCACUACUGUAUCAGAAAUUGAGAAUGGGGAGUGCAGCGUCCAAACCAGCUCGUCAUUUCUCAAAGUCGGUCAAGCCCAAAUGGGCUGGUACGCGUACUACAAACCCCAGUGAGGCCACAACUUCUCAGUCCGCCAUGCCUCAAGCAUCGGAGAUUAGGAACGAAGCUAUUGAACGAGAUUCAGUGGAUCCACAGUUCUUGGCCAACCUGAGCAAGCUAGGACAGGUAAGAGUAGAUCAUCACAUGCAGACCAUCCGGCCAGCCGCAGAUCGCGCGCAACGCAUCAUUCAGAGCAGAAUGGAAUCUGAGGUUGAGGCCCGCUCCGCACGCCCAAGUCGGAACCACCUUCUGGCAACUUCUCUCCUCGAUCUAUUGCAUGAACGACAGACCGCCACGAACAGCGAGCAACUUCAAACGCUUACCGAUCAAUACGAUAUUGAUCUUGCAAGGCUUGAGAGCGUGGCACGAUUCGUGAACGGUUCUAGCGUUGAGGAGGGAUCGGUUAAGAAAGUGGUCGAUGACGAUGGGGUGGAGAGGAUCACCAUGAAGGCUGCGUGGAAAGAUCCCAAACUCAACGAGAAGACUCCGUAACUGCCGUUCAACAGUACCGGUCAUUCUGGCUGCUCCUGCGGAUGUUCUGGAUAGCCACAUUCCCGGCCAGCGGCUCGACAGACAUUCUGGAGCAUUGGAAGCCCAUCUGGAGAGACGAAGCGUCGAUAUCUCCAAUUGGCCUCUGCCGUGCAUCAGGUCAGCGACAUGCUCUUGGGGUCACUCUCGACGAUACGACAAGAUGUCCGGAAUGGCACGUAUUGUAUUUGCUGUUUGCUACUGCAUAACGUAGGUCUUCGCGCCUCUGUCAGGCACUGUCGCUCAGCGCUAGCAAUAUGCACUUGCCGUCGUUAGAUCUCAUGUCCUCGAUUGACAGACAAUGCGUUACGAUGACGAUUUCCCUUUCC